CGAAAAUGGAAAAAGCCCUCGUGCUUGAUAAUACAGGAUUAGUUGUGCAGAACAACAGUGAGUUAAGUGACAAACUUGCUGGGUCUAUUUCAGGGAUUUCAAAGAGCCUACAACAAAUUGCUGAGUUUGUUAAUAAGAUCAAUGGCAACUCCCCUGAUGACCAAAAUGAAGAAGAUGCCAGUGAUGACUACGAUUCCAAGACUAAUAGUAUCAAUGUGCAGUUUGAAGGAAAGACUUUGGAUAUAGUCACUAAUCCUGAAAUGACCAUUGCUAGUAUAAGGAAAACUUAGAGCUUUAAGGCAAGAUCAAGAUAAUAGUGUUAAUCAUAAAUCCUAAUUUGUCUAAGAUUCUUUAGAUCU